UAUAUAAAUAUUUUUAAUUUUAGGGUAGAAAGAAAGUUAGGGCUACCAGAGACUCCACGGCGUAUCCAUCUCGACGCCUACAUUAUACACACAUAUCUCUGCUCUCUCUGUAGUAGAGAUUUCUCGUGUUCGGACCCAGAAAUUCAGCUAAAUCUCCGAUCAGUGAGAUGGGGGCCAAAGCAAAGAAAGCCAUGAUGAAGAAAUUAAAGAAAGGUUCAUCCCAAAAAGAUGAAUCUGCUGAUUUCUUGCCAUUAGAGGGCGGUCCUGGCCAUAAGCUUCCCAAAAGUGAAACUACGGAAAAUAAAGCUACAGUGCUCUAUAUUGGUCGAAUUCCACAUGGGUUUUAUGAGAAUGAAAUGGAAGGUUUCUUUAAACAGUUUGGCACCAUCAAGAAACUUAGACUUGCCAAGAAUAAGAAGACAGGAAAAUCCAAGCACUUUGGCUUCAUUGAAUUUGAGUCCCCUGAGGUUGCAAAAAUUGUAUCUGAAUGUAUGCAUAAUUAUCUUAUGUUUGAGCACAUGUUACAAGUCUAUCUUAUUCCUCCUGAGCGUGUUCACCCAAAGUUGUGGAAAGGCCCUAGCCGAUGGCACAAGCCAGUGGACUGGGUUCAAAUUGAAAGGAAGCGACAUGACAAGGAAAGAACAUUGGAAGAGCACAAGAAGCUGGUGGGAGAAAUCCUAAAACGUGACCAAAAAAAGCGUAAGAAGAUUGAAGCUGCUGGUAUUGAUUAUGAGUGCCCUGAAAUUGUGGGUAGCAACCAGCCUGCUUCGAAGAAGAUUAGGUUUGAGGAAGACUAAAUCUUUACGGGAGGAUGAAAAGUUUAUGAUGAUGGACAUGGGGACGGAAAAAAGUGCACAAGUAACUGUGUUAGGUUCAGAAGUUUUGUAUUUGCACUGGUUAUGUAGGACUUCAAUGGCUUUUUUGGAUCUCCAAAUGCCGUGUGCACCAUUUGGAUGCUGCUGUCCAUGGCUUGCCUAUUUUAUUUUUAUUUUUACCCUUUAAUGUUUUUGGCUGUACUAACAAUCUUCAUCAAUUUUGCUACAAGGAGAAUAGAAGUAGUUGAUGUCAAAUUUUAGUUUGUUGUUCAUCGGGGUUCAGCUUCAAUGGCUGUGUGGAAACUUGUGUUUCUGUAAAAAUUUGUAUACCCUCGUC